UUUUACCUGUCGUCUAAAUCUGACAUCUGACAGGUGGCCUUGUCGAACAUUCAGAAAAACUUAAAUCCUUUAUCAUCCAAAUAGUAAAUUUACGAUUUAUUAGCAAAUUAUGUCGGCUUUUCCGGGCAGCAUUGCCUUUGAUGAAUAUGGCCGACCUUUCAUCAUUCUCCGGGACCAAGACCGUCAGAAGCGAUUGACCGGUGUUGAUGCCCUAAAGUCUCAUAUUUUGGCCGCUAGACAGAUCGCUAACACACUCAGAACUUCUCUGGGCCCUAAGGGGCUUGACAAGAUGUUAGUGUCAUCUGAUGGGGAUGUUACUGUAACGAAUGAUGGGGCCACAAUUUUGAAAAUGAUGGACAUUGAGCAUGAAAUUGGCAAACUUCUUGUAGAGUUGUCGCAAUCUCAAGAUGACGAAAUUGGUGAUGGAACCACGGGAGUGGUGGUACUUGCUGGUGGUUUAUUAGAGCAAGCAGCCACUUUGAUUGAUCGAGGCAUUCAUCCAAUCAGAAUAGCUGAUGGUUUUGAGCUGGCUUGUCGUGCUGCAGUUGAACAUUUGGAUAAAAUUGCUGAACUGUUCCCAGUGUCUGCUUCUGAUCCUGAACCCCUUAUUAAGGUUGCUUUGACCACAUUAGGAUCCAAAAUUAUCAACAAAUGCCAUAGGCAGAUGGCUGAAAUCGCUGUUAAUGCAGUGUUAGCAGUUGCUGAUUUGGAACAGAAAGAUGUCAAUUUCGAACUGAUUAAACUUGAAGGAAAGGUGGGAGGCAAGCUAGAAGACACAGUGCUAGUUGAAGGUGUGGUGAUCGAUAAAACAAUGUCCCAUCCCCAAAUGCCUAAAGAACUGAAAAACGCAAAAAUUGCAAUUUUAACCUGUCCGUUUGAACCACCAAAGCCAAAAACUAAACAUAAGUUGGACGUUACUGAUGUGGCCAAAUACAAGGAAUUGAGGCAGUAUGAGCAAGACAAAUUCAAAGAAAUGGUGGAUUUAGUUAAAAAAGCUGGCGCCACUCUAGCUAUUUGCCAGUGGGGAUUUGAUGACGAAGCCAAUCAUCUUCUUCUGCAGCAGAAUUUACCAGCUGUUCGAUGGGUCGGAGGCCCUGAGAUUGAACUAAUUGCCAUUGCAACGGGCGGCCGCAUUGUACCAAGAUUCGAGGAGCUCAGUCCUGAGAAAUUAGGCUCAGCUGGUCUGGUCCGUGAAUUGUCUUUUGGAACUACCAAUGAUAAAAUGAUGGUAAUUAAGGACUGCGCAAAGUCCAAGGCGGUGACGAUUUUGGUGAGAGGCGGCAACAAAAUGCUGGUAGAUGAGGCAAAGCGGAGUUUACAUGAUGCCCUUUGCGUUGUGAGAAGUCUAAUUCAGGAUCCGCGUGUGGUGUUUGGAGGCGGGGCAGCCGAAAUAUCCUGCAGCUUAGCCAUUGCCGAACAGGCUGAUCAAUUAGCUUCGUUGGAGCAGUAUGCUUUUAGAGGAUUUGCUGAAGCUUUGGAUAUCGUUCCUCUGGCCCUAGCAGAGAACAGUGGUUUGUCCGCCAUUAAUGCACUCGGCGAAGUAAAGUCAAUACAGGCUCAAACAGGAAACUCAGCUAUAGGCAUCGACUGUAUGUUCACCGGGGACAAUUCCAUGCGUAACCAGCAUGUCAUUGAGUCUCUAAAAUCUAAAAGACAACAAUUUCUCUUAGCCACACAACUCGUAAAGAUGAUCUUGAAAAUCGAUGAUGUGAGAUCUCCUAAUGAUCAACGCGGCUAAGAAGGCUUUUACGAAUACUUUUAGUAUUAUUUUAGUUUACAUUAAAAACCUAACUCGGACUGGGUCGCAAUCCUGCGGGGAUUGAUAUUUGUCUUUCUUUUAAAUACCACUAAAAUUAUUCAUCAUUUAACAUGAAUUGAAACGCAUUUUAUUCACUGGCUGUAAAGCAGAUCUGCUGCUUUUCAUUAAGUCGUACAUGAGUUAGUUAAUGAUUAUGUUAACUAAUUCGUUAACGUUAUAUCGCUGAAAAUUUCAUUUUUUGCAACAUAAUGUUAAAUUUCAUUAAAAUUUUUGCUACGAGUUAAUAUAUGCAUUUAACAGUU